UGCUGACAUAAUAAGUCUGAGGCUGUGCAGCAAGUCUCAGAGGCUCCCAGAAAGUUUAAGACCAGGCCAUUAUGAAGAACUAAACCUUCCACUUCUACAUCCACUACAACUUGCCACUUUUGGUAUAUGUACUCCAUGAUCUGCCCACUCCAGGAAUAUGCAGCACGACAAAGAAUGCUGUUCCAUAUUAAUCCAGAGGACCAUAACACACCUCUGCUCUGCCUAAGAAGCUGGUAAAAAGCCCAGAGCGCCCAAAACCAGCUGAUGGGAUGGAGUUUUUAUAUUCUGCCAUCAGGCAGCUCAGGAAGUUAGAUGAAGACAGUUUGACAAAGCAACCUGAAGAAGUGUUUGAUGUGCUGGAAAAACUUGGAGAAGGGUCCUAUGGAAGUGUAUUCAAAGCUAUCCAUAAAGGAACUGGCCAGGUUGUUGCAAUUAAGCAAGUUCCUGUUGAGUCUGACUUGCAGGAGAUUAUUAAAGAGAUAUCAAUAAUGCAGCAGUGUGAUAGUCCUCAUGUAGUCAAAUAUUAUGGCAGCUAUUUUAAGAACACGGACCUCUGGAUAGUCAUGGAAUAUUGUGGUGCCGGAUCUGUGUCUGAUAUCAUUCGACUACGAAAUAAAACCUUGAUGGAAGAUGAAAUUGCUACAAUCAUACAAUCAACACUAAAAGGACUAGAAUACCUACAUUUCAUGAGGAAAAUACACCGUGACAUCAAAGCUGGCAACAUAUUACUCAACACAGAAGGGCAUGCUAAACUUGCAGAUUUUGGGGUAGCAGGCCAACUUACAGAUACCAUGGCAAAGAGGAACACUGUGAUAGGGACUCCAUUUUGGAUGGCACCUGAAGUAAUCCAAGAAAUUGGGUACAAUUGUCUGGCAGACAUCUGGUCUCUGGGCAUCACUGCCAUUGAAAUGGCUGAAGGAAAACCACCAUAUGCUGAUAUUCACCCAAUGAGGGCAAUCUUCAUGAUUCCAACAAAUCCGCCUCCAACAUUCCGAAAGCCGGAACUCUGGUCUGAUGAAUUCACAGAUUUUGUGAAACAGUGUCUUGUGAAGUGUCCAGAACAGAGAGCCACUGCGACACAACUGCUUCAGCAUCCAUUUGUAAAAAAUGCCAAAGGAGUUUUCAUCUUGCGUGAUAUGAUCAACGAGGCGAUGGACGUUAAACUGAAAAUUCAGGAAGCUCAGCAGCGUGAAUUAUACCAUGAUGAUGAAGAAAAUUCAGAAGAGGAUGAAACUGAUUCCAGGACCAUGGUGCGGGCAAGGGGACAAGAGACGAGUACGAUGAGAGCUGCUUGCGGAAUGAGUGACAGCAUCAACACCAUGAUAGAAUACAAUGAUACUCUAGAGUCACAACUAGGAACAAUGGUUAUCAAUACAGAAGAUGAGGAAGAUGAUGGAACAAUGAAGAGAAGAGAUGAAACAAUGGAGUCUAUUAGGCCAUCUUUUCUUGAAUACUUUGAACAAAAAGAAAAGGAAAAUCAGAGAAACAAUUACGGAAGGCAAGCAUCUGAAAGAUGUUCCUCAGAUUGGAGAGUACCUCAAGAUGGAGACUAUGAGUUUUUGAGGAACUGGACUGUUGAAGAACUUCAGCGGAGACUUGGGGCACUAGACCCCAUGAUGGAACAAGAGAUUGAAGAGGUUCGCCAAAGGUAUCAGUCAAAACGGCAGCCUAUUCUUGAUGCCAUCGAAGCAAAGAAAAGACGCCAGCAGAAUUUCUGAGAAAACCUUCGCUGUAGAAUAGAUUUCCCUAACAAUAAACUGUUCCUCUAUGA